AUGGGUAAUCGUUGUUGCUAUUCGCUCGAUAAUGGCGUCCUCUGAAGUUUACGAAGUUGUGCUGAGCGGCGGAGCUCCUUGGGGUUUUCGAUUGCAAGGAGGCAAGGAAUUUCGAGCACCUUUAAGAAUUGCAAAGGUGACACCAAACAGUAAAGCUGACGUGGCUGGAAUUGUGGAGGGAUUAUUAGUGCGCUCUAUCAAUAAUGCAAACUGUGAAGAGUGGACACACAGUGAUGCUCUGAAUAGUAUUAAAAAGACUGGAUCUAUGUUAAAAAUGAUCCUUUGUAGAUGAUUCAUCCAAUGCAAAUGAAUGGAAUCCUAACAUUAUAUCAGAAGUUGUGAGACCUCCAGAGCAAAUUAAGUUAGUUCAUGGUAUGGAGGGAAUACGAUCUGCAUCCAGCUCCUCAACAUCCUCAGAACCCAGUGCCCAGAUGAGAGCACCAGUAGACUCUCGUGGAUUCACUGAUAAACCACGCCCUAUUGGUCGAGGGGGAAGAAGAUAUGAUGACAGAGCUGGAACUAAUCAACAAUUAACAUCAGGGUCUAUUGGCUCAGAGGACGAGUUUAUGAUGGCUAAUGGCGAUGCAAGUAGUUCUGAUUCAGCUCCCUCAAUGACAAGACCUGCCAUGCAGCAGUUUAAAAAACAAAAGGAACACGCAGCUGUGGAAGCCUCAAGAGACCCGAAACCAAUUAAAGUGGCACCACCAACCCGUAUGAAGCCCCCCAGAAAAUACAGUGAAGAACGCACACAGUCAGAGACGGGUAACCCACCGCCAGGACCGCAUCGACCAUCAAUCACAAGGGGUGGAAAGUGGUACAAGGAAAUGUUCAAGGAAAUGCAUUCAAGUGCAGGAACUUCUUCAAAUUUAUCUGGCCUACUCGCAAGUGACGUUGCCAAGGGAACUGUCAGGGAACACGAAGGCGGCUCUGGUUCCUCGACUCCACCCAGGAGCGCAUCUCCGUCUCCGGAUUAUAGAGACAAUGAUGUUUUUCUCAGAAAAUCAGAUUACGUACACGAAGAACCAGUCAGAAAUAGUUACACCAGCAGUGUUUCAUCACAACCUGAACCGGCGUGGUCCAGUAAUGACAUUGACAGGAGGGCUUCGUGGCAGCCGGGUGGAGAACGAAGAUCCUCUCGACCAAGUACUGGUCAUGUGCCGGCGUGGUACAAAGACAUGCAAAAGGGAGUCGAGGUUCCAGUUCAAACGAUUGAAGAACCGGAGUCUUACAUUGUUCAAAAGAGGCCGUCAUAUGCGAGUGUCGGGGAAGAACGAAGAUUCCAAGACCCUGUACCUGCGGCGCCCGCCUCAGUGAAUAUCUCGUCCUCUCCUCGUACAAGUUACCUUGAUCAGCGGAGAUCUCCAGCGUCUGUGACCGUUCAAAUGGAAGAAAAGAAUCAACCGCCCAGCGCUUCCAGCCUGUAUGAGAGCCGCUUCCGGGGAAGAACGGUUCCGUCAAGAACUGCAUCGGAAGAGCUACAAGUCAGGCAGCAGCCUCCUUCCGACGAAGAAGUCUUUAGAAGAAGAGAGGAAGAUGCAGCGCGCAGGAGGAGGGAGGAAGAGGAACGGAGGCGAAGAAAAGGUGACAUAAUCAACGUGCGCAGACAAGUGGACAAGAACUGGAUUGACGGAGAAUUAAAUGGCAGACGGGGAAUUUUCCCUCAAAAUUAUGUGGAGAUCAGACCCGUCGAAGAGGAAGAAGACGAACCACAACCAGAACCCGAACCACAACCAGUCCCAGUCCCUCAGAAGCAAAUUCCGCGCAUCCAAGUUGUACAACAACGCGCGCAGCCGCAACAGCAUCAGCCUCCAACUCACGCUCAACCGCAGACCCAGGCUCAACCUCGGCCACCUAGUCAGCAAGUGACGCAGUCUGUGACUGUAGAAGGGGAGGGUCGGCUGAGGUACACCUUUAAAGCAGAGAGUAUGAGAGAACUUCCUUGUAGUAAGGGAGAUGUCAUAGCUUUAGUGAGGAAAGUAGACGCCAACUGGUACGAAGGAAGAAUUGGUGAUAGAAAAGGCAUAGUACCAUCAAGUUACUUAGACGUUUUUAGCGAACCGGAAGUUAAAGUCAUUCGUCAAGAACAAGUGCAACCAGUUCAGUCAGUCCGUGUGGAGCAGGAACCGGAUUUUGGAAGACCAGAACCUAGUUAUGAUCACAGACAGCAGCAGUCCAGAAGUUCCUCGGGGGUUAUGUAUCCAAGCCAGGCUUCUCCUCCCAAACACACGCAAGUAAAGUACAUCGAGGAGCCAGCGGAGCCUCGUUUUAGUUCUGGUGGUGUGGUCGCGCAUGCAAUAAUUGAUGAGCCAAUCACAAUAGGGCACGAGCAAGGAGAGAGGUAUCGUGCUUUGUACAAUUACGAACCCAUAAACGAAGACGAGCUUCGACUUGAAGAAGGUGACGAAGUACUCGUUCUGGAAAAGUGCGAUGACGGAUGGUUUGUAGGCACAUCUUCAAGGACGCAUUCAUUUGGAACCUUUCCUGGCAACUACGUUGAGAAAGUCCAUUAGUGAGGGAGAAGAUCAGCGUCGAAACAGUGAUGCCCUACCCUCUCUAAUGGGAGCUAUGGCAGAGCUGUUUAUCAAGACCACGCCCAUGCUAUACAACGCCCUAUAGCUAUCCGUCCGAGCUGAAAAGAUGAAACUUUUAUUGAUCAUGGUACUUUGAAGUUUAUAUGGAUUUUAUAUAUAUUUUGAGAAUAAGUUGCUACAAGAUGGGUUUAUCUUCUAGUUCCGUUUUUGUCAUGAGAACUGUUUUCUAUCCCACAUUUGACAACUUUUGUACAGAGCUUUUAUCACCAAAUUAACAAGAAGUGUAACUACCUCCAAAAGUAUCGCAACAUGAGUUUGUCAGACGUUGCACGUUUGCGACACUCAAGUCCUGUUUUUUUUUAUUUGGUUGCUCUUAAUUCCAAAUGUCCAUAGAAAAUGAGGCUAUUUUAAUCACACUUCUUAGAUACACAGAAGGAAUUUGUAUUUAGGUAUUAUUAUCAAUUAGGUAUGAUAGGAAAAACAAUGGUUUUUUUUUUAUAACACUUUAGAAUUAACCCUUUUAAUUCCCAUGAGUGACCAAGACAGAAUUUCUCCUUACAAUAUCAAUACAAUAUCAACCAGACAAGUGAUGAGAAU